CGCCGGGGUCCUCGGAGCGCUCGGGCUGCGCGCGGAGCGGGCUCGGGAGGGAAGUCCCGAGACAAAGGAAGUGCCGAGCCGCCUCUGUCGCCGACGCUUCGUCCGCCUCGCUCGCCGGGCCGCGGCCGCCCUAGGACUUUGAAUAUGUCGGGGAUCGCCCUCAGCAGACUCGCCCAGGAGAGGAAAGCUUGGAGAAAAGACCACCCAUUUGGUUUUGUAGCUGUCCCCACAAAAAACCCCGACGGCACGAUGAACCUCAUGAACUGGGAGUGUGCCAUUCCAGGGAAAAAAGGGACCCCUUGGGAAGGAGGCUUGUUUAAGCUACGCAUGCUCUUCAAAGAUGACUAUCCAUCCUCACCUCCGAAAUGCAAAUUCGAACCACCAUUAUUUCACCCGAACGUGUACCCUUCGGGCACUGUGUGCUUGUCCAUCCUCGAGGAAGACAAGGACUGGAGGCCAGCCAUCACAAUUAAGCAGAUCUUAUUAGGAAUACAGGAACUUCUAAAUGAACCAAAUAUUCAAGAUCCAGCUCAAGCAGAGGCCUACACAAUUUACUGCCAAAACAGAGUGGAAUAUGAGAAAAGGGUUCGAGCACAAGCCAAGAAGUUUGCACCCUCAUAAGCAGCGACCUGCGGCAACAUCAAAAGGAAGGGAUUGGUUUGGCAAGAACUUGUUUACAACACUUGCAGAUCUAGCAUUGCUCUAUACAAUAACUAGUCACCUAGGGGAGGUGGGCGGGCGCCAUUUUCCAUUUCCGCCACUGGUACACAGUUCUCCACUUGCUGAAUUGCCCAGUUUUUCAUACAGGGUCUCUUCCUUCAGUCUUUUGUAUUUUGAUUGUUAUGUAAAACUUGCUUUUAUUUUAAUAUUGAUGUCAGUAUUUCAACUGCUGUAAAAUGAUAAACUUUUAUACUUCUAUGAGUCCCUGAGGAGCUAGUUCCCUUUGCUCGCGGGUGCAGGCAUGCUUCCCCUGUCAGAGCUACACUACCCUCCAGCUGGCUGUAUGGAAAGGAAAUCGGCCUGUCCCCUUCCCUCGCGCCUCUGUCCUUCUCUCCGCAGAACCCGGGUUGUGUUGCUAUGAGCCUCAGAUCCAAAGUCAGCCAGCCUCUUGUUUUCGCAUCACUUCCUUUGUGUUUAUAUGGCGUUUUGUCUGUGUUGCUGUUUAGAGUAAAUAAACUGUUUAUAUAAAGGUUUUUGUUGCAUUAUUGUCAUUAAAAGUAUGAGGAGGCAGCCUCAGGGGGUGUCUCCCCACCCCCUUUCCACAGCUGCAGGCCCCACAGAGCACCGCCUUCGGCCCCAGCAGGUCUCGCUGCCUGUUCCUGGGUCCUGCGUGGCACCUGUCCUGGUCCUUUGUAAAUAGUGCUGUGUACAGAGAUGCUGUGUGUCCGGGGUUUCUGUCCACCCCACCUGGGUCUUUGGGCUGUUGAGCACUGGAGUUCAGAUCUGGUCAAGUUGGAAUUUGUGUCGGGACUCCUAAAGCGCGCUCUGCCUGAGCCAUCAGGAGGAGAUGCCUAAACCCAGGCCAGGGUGGCCGAGCCGGGGCAUGUAGCCUCCUCACACCCGGCACUGCCCUUGGGCCUCUGCAUGUAGCAUCCUGGCCCUCCACGCUCACCGAUAAGUCCCCACCCCUGGGUGCAGGUGGUCUCGGGCACCGGGACACCCCUAGCGAGCAGCUCCGAGGGCCACUGUCACAGGUUCUUUCUGUGUCCUGAAACGCUCUGAACCUGGGAGCCCAGGGAGGCUGCUCUCAGAAAGAACCCUGGAACAUGAGCCCACAACGGAUCUUCCAGGAAUCCUGAGUCCUGGCUCUGGGGAAGUGCGGACAUGGAGACAGGAAGUGACAGAGGGGACCUGGCCUCUGGGUCCCAGUGAGCACAGCUGACGAGUACAGAGGUCCAGACGUGGCCCUGUACCAACCAGCCUCGCCCUCCCGCCCGAGGACCCUUUCAGAACCAGGCUGCCUGUGGCUCUGGCAUGCAGACUGAGGUGGGGGUGGUCCCCCAAGGGGUGAGGUCAGCCAGGAAGGGGUGCCUCUGUUCACCCUAAGAAAUGUGGCCCCUCAGCCAACAGCAUGGCCCAAGGGCCCAGUGCCUUGUUCACUUGCUUAGCUGGACGUCUGUUGGGUUUCUGAGCUCUCGGUUUGAUGUUCAUGAUUAUUUCUGAUGCAGAGGGUCUCAUGCGUGGGGUUCAGUGGGUCAAAUGUGUAUAGCCCCUCCCAAAUGUCUUAUUUUGUAAUGACUGAAUUACACUUAGUAAUAGUUACACAUGUAUAUGGUUAAUAUAUAUGGAAAUGCAAUAUAUUUUCUAGUUAAAGCAUUCUAAAGUAAUCGAUGUUUCUAGCACAUUGUCGUGACUUUGGCUAAUGAAAUGUCCUUUUGUGCCACAGUUCUUGGCUUAACAAAGAUGUGAAUCUUGUAACAGGAGAACUAUGAAAUGUGAUCAUUCUGUUUCUACUGUAAGGGAAGAGAGUGUGUUCCCAGCAUGAGGCGCCUAAUUAGUGAGGAAUUGUGGGCAAUAGAUUAACCACUGUAUCUAAGAAUCCUCUAAUUAAAACAUUUCCACA